AUGGGAAAGCACCAGACACUCACUGCCGCCAUUAAGGAGGACCAUCAAGAGAUGUACGACUAUUACGACGAGUACAUCCGUGCUGGCGCCAUUAAAGACGUCAGCGCACAGGCUCGUUGGGCCAACCAACUCCGAUGGGAAGUUGCCCGUCACGCUGCUGGCGAGGAGAUUGUCGUCUAUCCUUUGAUGGAGAAGCAUCUCGGGACGGAGGGUGUCCGACUUGCAGACGAGGACCGCACACAGCACCAGAGCGUCAAAGAGUUACUCUACCAGCUCGAGUCUCUCUCGGCGGGGACCGACCAAUUCGACACCAAGCUCAAGGCUAUUGUUGACCACUUGAAGCCACACAACGAUAGCGAGGAGCAAAACGACUUGCCCGCACUCGAACGCGUCCUCGGUCCAGAGAAUAGCAAAAAGGCAGCCGCGAGCUUUGAGAGGACGAAGAAGUUUGUGCCAACGCACCCCCAUCCAAGCGCCCCGAACAAACCACCGUAUGAAACUCUUGCAGGAUUCCUCGCGUACCCCAUGGACAAGCUCAAGGACAUGUUCGCCGCAUUCCCAACUGAUGACAUGAAGCAGCAAAUGGAGACGCAUGAAAACAAGACUAUUAACACUACAUAG